AUGGAAAAAGUUUUGGCAAUCAAGAACGCCCAGGAAAAAAUUAUUUCGUGGGGUGAGACCACGGAUCUAAUAAACAAGGGGGUGACAUCAGAAGCUCUAAUAGGAAUCUUUCAUCCGCAAGAUAGUUCCGUAAACAUUCUGGCCGACAAAAAUUGGAUUCAGUGGGCCUACCUUGUAUGUCAAUCUGAUGUACAGUCAAAGGAUGCAUUUCAGUCGAUUUAUAAGGCUAUGGCAGCUGGAUUAACUGCGGAGCGCUUGGAUACCAUAUUCAAAAAUGGGAUCGCGGAUAUCAGUACUCGAGAACUCGCCAUCGAACUGCGCAAUCGUUGGUGA